AAAGAAAAAGAUACAUACAUAUCAUUCUCUCUACAUCUGUGGCCGCUACAGCCCUCUCUCUCUCUCUCUCUCUCUCUCUCUCUAUGUUGCUUCUUCAACGCUCAAUACAGAUCCACAUCAAACCACAGACAAGAGACAGUGCACACAACAAAUCCCCCCCCCAAAAACCCACUUCAUGAUUCUCACGUCCCACCCCAUUACCCUUCCUUCAAUCCAACGCCAGCCUCUUUCUCAACUCAGUCAAUUUUCCCCCAAUUUUUCCCUCCAACCAAACACUCCACGCGCCAUAUUUCUUUCUUUAAUCCCCUCCCCAACAAAUCUCAAAUAAUAAUUUUCUAAUAAUAAAAAAAAAGGAACCCUUUUUAGCCAUGACAGAGGUCCUCCACUCCUCCCCUUCCUCUUCUCCCUCUUCUUCUUCCUUGUCGUGCGCACCCUCUUCUUCACCCACCCACAAUGACGCGUUGUUUCGAACUCAUCACUCCUCUGUAGACGAGGAGGAAGAGGAAGAGGAGGUGCUGGGGGUUUCUAGGGUUACGGGCUGUGACGAAGUGAAGGAGAGAGACAAGGAUAGAGAUCAAUUGUGUUUGUUGGCUAUUCUUGUGACUCUGUUUAGGAAGUCAUUUUGGGCUGCUUGUAAGACUGAUAGAGAAGAGCUUUGUGGGAUGGAGAUCGGGUGGCCCACUAAUGUGCGCCAUGUUGCGCAUGUUACGUUUGAUAGGUUUCAUGGGUUCUUGGGUUUGCCUGUUGAGUUCGAGCCUGAAGUGCCCAGGAGGGCUCCUAGUGCCAGCGCCACUGUUUUUGGAGUUUCCACAGAAUCCAUGCAGUUAUCAUAUGAUCCCAGAGGUAACAGCGUGCCAACAAUACUCCUGUUGAUGCAAAGACAUUUGUAUGCUCAAGGAGGCCUACAGGCUGAAGGGAUUUUCAGAAUAAAUGCAGAAAACAGCCAGGAGGAAUAUGUCCGGGACCAACUAAACAGUGGAGUGGUUCCCCAAGGCAUUGAUGUACACUGUUUAGCGGGUCUUAUCAAGGCUUGGUUUAGAGAGCUUCCAACUGGGGUAUUGGAUUCGCUGUCACCUGAGCAGGUAAUGCAGUGCGAGUCUGAGGAAGAUUGUACUGCUCUUGUGAGGCGCCUGCCCCCAACGGAGACUGCUCUGCUGGAUUGGGCGAUCAACCUCAUGGCUGAUGUUGUCCAACAGGAACAUCUGAACAAAAUGAAUGCACGCAACAUUGCAAUGGUUUUUGCACCAAACAUGACACAGAUGGCAGAUCCAUUGACCGCAUUGAUGUACGCGGUCCAAGUGAUGAACUUUCUCAAGUCACUGAUUGUGAAAACCUUGCGCGACAGAGAAGAUUCCUUGGUCGAACCAGCUCGUGUUUCUCACUUGGAGCCUUCUGAUGAAAAUGGACACCACAGCCCUUCGCAGCCUUUUCUAGAAGAUUCUGCCCAAGAAAAUGACGAUUUGGAGCCAUCCUUCAUUGCUCAAGAGCCCGCUCUUGAAAGUGCUUCCGACUCUAACGAACUCGAUAACCUAACCGAUGGAGAGGCGCAUAGUGAUUCGACAUCUGUUGGUGAAUCCUUUGAAGAUUGUGAAACUCCCAUUCAGAUCGACACUGUCGUUAAUGAAAUAGAAGCAAAAUUGAUCAAUGGUUUAAAGAGUAGUGGCCAAUCAAGUGUUUCAAAUCUUGGCAAGGGUCUUGGAAUUGGGCAGCAAACCGUGCUUCAGGUAAUGGGACUUUCCGAGAAGAGUAAGGAAAUCAGCAAUUUGAGCAGAAUAAAUUCAAGAACACAGCGGAUUGAAGCGUGGCGGUGAAGGAAUAAGGUUGACGAUGUCCGGACCUGACUGAUUCCAUGUUUGAUUUGUAAGUUGUAAGUUGUGAAUUGUGAAUUGUGAAUUGUAUGUUUUUGUUGUUUGUUGUUGCUCUGGGGUGGGUUUGCUUGACCUGUUUGUGGUAUUCACGUAUGACAAUUUCCAUUUUAUGACACACUAACAAUUUGCUUUCAGAAACACUUGUGACUUCAUUUGGAUUUUCA